AUGUUAUACAGCUCCAUCCGCUACGGCGGGAACUGCACCGGCACCAAUGGGACCUCAGGUGGGUCAGUGAAGCCACGCGAACCGUGCGCCACACCCUUCGGCUCCAUCCUCGGCGUCUUCAACGGCGUCUUUGGCUACAGCAACUGCAAUGACAGCUACGUGUCCACCGAGCUGGGGUACAUUAACCUGAUGGUGCCGGAGCUGAACAAGGAGACGAGGCAGCUAACCUACAUCUCCAAGGAGUUCUCCACGGGGCUGGCAUGGCAGUGCGUAGAGUACGCGCGGCGAUACUGGAUGCAGAGCGGAACGCCGCAGCCCGCGUACUUUGAAUACGUUCAAGGAGCCGCAGACAUUUGGAACCUGACCUUUGUGAGGCUCCUGUCGAACCAAUCCAUGACGCUGCCCCUGCACAGGUACAGGAACGGCGAUCGCGUGGCGAACGGCCUCCAGAUCCCCGCAGUCGGUGACAUCAUCAUCUACCCCGUCCAAGAUCGCGGCUUUCCCUACGGCCACGUUGCCGUCAUCGCGAAGGUGGAAAUAUCGACUCAAGGCGCCAUCUAUGUGGCGGAACAAAAUUGGGCUAACACCGUGUGGUCAUCGGCGUACCACAACUACACCCGAAAGAUUCCUUUGUUCUAUAACAUGCUGUCCUCCACUAUCACCCUUGAUGAUCCAGACGGUAAAAUCCUGGGGUGGAUGCGGUACGGCUGA